AUGGCGGAGUUCGUUCGUGCCCAGAUCUUCGGUACCACCUUUGAAAUCACCACCAGGUAUACUGACCUGCAGCCGGUGGGCAUGGGAGCUUUCGGUCUCGUCUGCUCCGCCAAAGACCAAUUGACCGAGCAGGCGGUUGCCGUCAAGAAGAUCAUGAAGCCGUUUAGUACUCCGGUGCUGGCUAAGAGGACUUAUCGAGAGCUCAAGCUGCUCAAGCAUCUUCGACAUGAGAACGUCAUCAGUUUAAGCGACAUCUUCAUCUCGCCUCUCGAAGAUAUAUACUUUGUGACCGAGCUGUUGGGCACCGAUCUCCAUCGGCUACUUACCUCCCGCCCUCUCGAGAAGCAGUUCAUUCAGUACUUCCUAUACCAGAUCCUCAGAGGUCUCAAGUAUGUACACUCCGCCGGCGUCGUCCACCGCGACCUAAAGCCAAGCAACAUCCUCAUCAACGAAAACUGCGACCUCAAGAUCUGUGAUUUCGGACUUGCCCGUGUCCAGGACCCUCAGAUGACCGGCUACGUCUCCACAAGAUAUUACCGUGCUCCGGAGAUCAUGUUGACCUGGCAAAAGUACGACGUCGAGGUCGACGUCUGGAGUGCCGGCUGUAUCUUCGCUGAGAUGUUGACGGGCAGACCUCUCUUCCCGGGCAAAGACCAUGUCAACCAGUUCUCCAUAAUCACAGAGCUGCUCGGCACGCCGCCAGACGAGGUCAUCAAGACUAUUGGCAGUGCCAACUCGCUCCCCAAGCGAGAACGCCAGCCACUGAGUGAGAAGUUCAAGGACGCAGACCCGCUCGCCGUCGAUCUACUUGAGAAAAUGCUAGUAUUCGACCCCAGAGCACGUACCAGCGCCAGUGAAGCUCUGACCCACGAGUACCUUGCUCCCUACCACGAUCCAACUGACGAGCCCGAGGCCGGAGAGCGAUUUGACUGGUCCUUCAACGACGCGGACUUGCCCGUUGAUAGCUGGAAGAUCAUGAUGUACUCGGAGAUACUCGACUACCACAACGUCGACCAGGUCACGCAGGAGUACACUCAACCCCAGCCGCCGCCAAUAGAUAUGUCCGCCACCGCCUCGGCGUCAUCCUUUCAAUGA